GCAUGUGAGUGUCAUUGGUUGUAGUACACAUUUAACGAUGUGAUUGUUUUCGUAUUAUUGAUUAAUAAUUUCGAGAAUGACUGACGAAAAGCAACCACUUCUUAUUGGACCUAGUAUUAUUAUUGAAAAUAAUACAGAAAAUCAAACUGUAGAGUUAGUGACAAGUCCGUCUGGCCUAAGUAAAGAUGGAAAAUCUAAGAAUAGUCAAUACAAUCCGGCUUCAGAACGAUACUUAGAACAUCCUACAUCUAACAUCGAUACUCUAAUUCACCUUUUGAAAGGAAAUAUUGGAACAGGCAUACUGGCUAUGCCAGAUGCGUUUAAAAAUGCUGGGCUUUUUUUAGGAGUCAUUGGCACAUUAUUUAUGGGAGCUAUUUGCACCCAUUGCAUGCACAUAUUAGUUCUGUGUUCUAACGAACUUUGUGUGAGAAACCAAAAACCGGCAAUGGGUUUCGCCGAGGUUGUAGAAGACGCAUUUUCAGUGGGCCCGGUUAUAUUUAGAAAAUACGCUAAAAGUAUCAGGAAUGUUGUGAAUGUAUUUCUUGUGAUAACUCAACUGGGAUUCUGCUGUGUUUACUUCCUGUUUGUGGCAACUAAUCUUCAAGAUACCAUGCAAUUUUUCCGAAUACACAUGGGUGUUCACAGUUACUUGGCCUUACUAUUUCCGCCAAUGGUGGCGUUGGGAAUGCUGAAAAACUUAAAAUACUUGACGCCGGUUUCUCUUAUUGCUGCUAUUAUGACUGCUUGGGGCUUAAUGGUCACCUUUUAUUAUAUAUUACAAGACUUACCUCACACCAGUACUGUGAAAGCAUUCGCGACUUGGCAUCAGUUACCUCUAUAUUUUGGAACUGCUAUUUAUGCUUUUGAGGGUAUUGGAAUGGUAUUACCACUGGAAAAUAAUAUGAAAACACCUCAGGAUUUCGGAGGUUGGACUGGCGUUCUGAACACAGGCAUGGUGAUAGUGGCCGCACUGUACACGGCCAUCGGAUUCUUUGGAUACCUCAAGUAUGGCGACCACGUCCUGGGGAGCAUCACGUUAAAUUUGCCGAACGACGCAUUAGCGCAAAGUGUCAGGGCGGUAAUGGCCGUGGCCAUAUUCCUGUCAUAUGGCCUCCAGUUCUACGUGCCGAUGAACAUUGUGUGGCCGUUUAUCAAGUCGAAGCUGUCCAAUGAAAAGGCAUUACAGUAUGGAGAGGCCGUUACGCGGUUUGUCCUCAUUUCUUUUACAUUCAUAGCAGCAGCACUGAUACCAAACUUGAGUAGCAUCAUUUCUCUGGUGGGUGCGUUCAGCAGUUCAGCCCUGGCGCUGGUAUUCCCCCCCGUCAUCGAGAUCGUAACCUUCUGGCCGGACCGCUUCGGUAAAUACGACUGGAUAAUGUGGAAGGACUGCCUCAUAAUAGUCUUCGGCAUCACCGGCUUUCUUUUUGGAACCUACGCGAGCCUCGAAAAUAUCCUAUAUCAUUCUUAGUUCUAUUAUAGCGCAAAUUUUAGCCGAACUAUACCAAAGACAACCAUGACAAUAAUAUUUUAAAUUUGUUUGGUAUGUUUAUAUAUUUAUUUUAGAAUGUAGGCGAAUGUAAGUGUUUGAAGUAUUAUCAAAUACAUAUUAUAUUAGAUUUCUUGUUUAAUAUACAUACAAAUGACUAGUAUCUAAAUAUUAUAAUCUAAAUCUGCCUAAAUGCUGCAUUUUUUGUACCUGAGUAUAGGCAGUAGCUUGUUUUAAACCAUAAUUUUAAUAAAAGCUUAACAUUUGUGUGCUCUAUAUAAUAGUAGUUAAUUAGUUAAUACUAAAAGCCAAAUACAAAAGUAAAUAUAAUUGUAAUGUUAAUAAAAUUAUCUUGAUAAGCCCUUCGACAGCACAGCACGUACCUAAAACAAAAAAAAAAUCCACGACAAAAGUUACGAAGCAAUUUAAUAAUGUUACACAUAUAAAUCCAACUUAAUAACUGCUUAAAACAAUUAUAUAAAAAAAAACUAGCUGAUCCGAAAGACGUUGUUCUGAACAUAAUAAAUAAAAUUCUGUUUUUUAUUAAUGUGUCAAUAAUAUUUAAUUGCAUCAAUAAUUAUUUCGUAAAAUAUGCUCCCUGUUGUUAUUAUGACAUUGUUUCACAGCAGAACUAUUAAACCGUGCGUCAAUAAAUUCUCUCAUAGAAAAUAUGUCCAUAAAAAAUCAAUAUUAGAAAUAAAUAUAAAUAGGGGUCCCAAAUCUCCUAAAAACUCUCCUACCUCUUAUGUGGGACUAAACUGCACUUCAUGAGGUAUUCUCCAUUAAAAUCCGUUCAUUAGUUUAGGAGUUUACUGGAAACAAACAUGACAGGAAACUGGAUUUAAAUAUAUUAAAACAUAAUAAAUAACUUACGGGUAAUUUAUUUUUAAAUGUUUUUUUGGCGUUCUUUUAUUGGAACUUUUUUUAUCACUAGCACCUAAUUUAUUUUCUUAAAAUCAUUGAAAUCAAAUUCCUUAUUAAAUCAUAUUGUGUGCACACUAUUAUGGUGUACUUGCGUUUAUUCAUGAAAGCUUCGAUCUGGACCUUUUGUUGGAUAAUUUGAAGUUUUCUCCUCUGUGUGAGCGAGAUGGAAAUACACUAGCAUUUUUCGGGGAGCUACGGGGGUCAUUGACCGAAAUUCUUUCUGUUGCAACGCUUUUCUACAAUUGUAUCAUUAAAAUACCCAGUGAAGGUAUGUUUAUAUUUUUUGGUCGAUAAAUUAUAAUUAUUGCAUUAACGUAUAGAUACAUAAUGUUAUACUGAUAGUUUUAAAUUGUUGAGUUUUACGAGAAUUUCGAAAUUUUCGAAGCAUAGGAACAAUAAAGAAACAAUUUUUUGAAAGACACAGAUAAACUGUACUCAAUUAUGUAUACUUAUGUUUAUUAGUUUAAUUUAGCUUUAAGUUAAUUGUUAAAACCAGAUUCCGGAUAAAUGCUAUUAAAUAUUUAUUUGUGGUUAAUUUAUUGAGAUAUUUUUAUAAUAUUUUGUAAUAUCGUUACUCUUUGUACACAGCGUCAUGUGAUUGUGAUACUUAAUAUUGUGAUAAUAGUUUAUCAAAUAAUUUUAAUUUUAUGAUUUAAAUCCACUAUAAUGAAAGAGAUUGUAUGUACAAAAUAAAUAUUAUUUUAUCAUGACAUGAAAUGGAAUUCUUUUUGCAAUAUUAAAUCUAGGAUACAAUGAGUGGGCAAGUAUGAAGCACUUUGCUCUCACAACUGCAAUAUUUCACACAAAAAAUAACAUAUAAAAAUACUUUACGCACACAAGCCCGAUCUCAAAUAUUUAUAUAAACUCCGAUUUUCAUGUCUCAUGUCAAAAUGUGAAUGAUUAUUUCAAAAGACUUAAACUAUUGGAAAAACUUACUUAUCUGUCAUAUACAUUUUGCUGCUAACCGACGCUUAAUAUAAAGUUCUUAUACAACAUCAAUAAACUGUCUUGGACCAAUUUAUCACUGGAUAUAAAACCCAAGAACUAAGAAGGUUAAAUGGAUAAUGGAAUCAUUACCGAACAAUUUUUGCGGCAGUCUCAAAGAGUGUAAAUACAACGUAAUAGGAGGCAGGACUGCCUGAGUAAAAAUUUAAAUUUAGUUUAGUUAUUAACGUGCAGUGAUUUGACAUGCCUCUGAAAUAGUAGUCAUUACAGUAACGCGAUUGGCCACGAAGUAUAAUACGCCUAAGUUUGGAUUUCUACUAGAUUAGAUCUCCAUGUUUUACUAGAUUAUAGCCGUCAUCUAUCAAUCUAUCAAUGACUGCAUGUUUCAUACAAUUAAGUGAAUCGCCUUUUUCUUUCUUUCUAAGAAAAAAGCUCGUUUCAUACUAAACUAAAUUUCAAUUUUAACUUGGCAGUCCCGCUUCUUGUAAUAAGAGGCUAGAAUCUACAACCUCUUUGUUAUGCACGUAUAGGGAGCUACAACUGUCAAAUUAUGACAAGAGCUUACAUUCUAUUCUUCCUACAGUUGUAUCUGUGGAAAAUACGGGCAAAUUUGCCUGUUUUUGUGAUAAUGUUACAAUCGGCGUGUCUCAUGAUUGACAGGUACUAUUACAUAUUCUUUGGUAAUAGUAACAGAGCCAUACUGCUUACUCAGGCUUUUAGGCUCAUUAAGUAGCUAAGGGGGUAAAAGCGAACACGGCCUUCGUCGGGCGUCCAGUGGUUAAUUCGUCCAAGUAAACUGCAUAGAAUGUAGGUACCUAAUAUUACAAACUAUCUACCUAUUAUAUUUAUUUUUUAUUUAAACAAAUAUUUUUAUUGUUGUACUGUACUGUAUGCAUAACCUAAUGACAGCUUAAUAUUUUUUGUGUCGCCUUGAAAGCUUCAAAUAAGUACUUGUAGUAUAAUAUCAUGCCUAAGAUUAAAUAAUAUUGUGUUACCGUCAAGAUUUGUAGUUAAUAAA